AAAAAAUAAAAUAAAAUCCCUUUUUAGACUUUUAUUCUCUCAUUUCUCCGGUCAACACCUCCGGCCAUCCCCGUCGAUAUGCCGCCGGAAAAUCAUAUCAUCACCACCGUCCUCCUCCUCCUUUUCCUCCUCAUUCUCCUCCCCCUUCCUUCUCCGACCACCGCCACCACCACCGACACCCCCAAAUUCCGGGAAGCUCCAGCAUUCCGCAACGGUAAAAAUUGCCCAAUUUCAAAAUGGCCUAAAAACCCCUACGAUCCAUCAACUAUCCACAUCGCAAUGACUCUCGAUUACUCCUCCCCUUACCUCCGCGGCUCAAUCGCCGGCGUACUUUCCGUUCUACAACACUCUACUUGCCCGGAAAACACCUUCUUCCACUUCCUCGCCGUUCACCGACACUUCAAUCACCUCAACAAAACUAUCACCUCAACUUUCCCUUACCUCAAUUUCAACCUCUACAACUUUAACCCUAAUUUAGUCCGUCACUUAAUCUCCUCCUCGAUCCGCCGUGCACUUGAUCAACCCUUAAAUUACGCUCGGAUUUACCUCGCCGACUUACUUCCGGCCACCGUUAACCGGAUUAUUUACCUCGAUUCCGACCUCAUUGUCGUCGACGACGUCGAUAAACUCUGGAACAUUGAGCUCAACGAUCGGGUUUUAGGUGCCCCAGAAUACUGUCAUGCUAAUUUUACUCACUAUUUUACACACAAAUUUUGGUUUCACCCAACUUUCCCGAACACAUUCGAGAAUCGAACUCCGUGUUAUUUCAACACCGGAGUUAUGGUUAUCGAUUUGCAGAAAUGGCGAAAUGAUGACUAUACACAAAAACUUGAACAUUGGAUGAGAGUCCAAAAAAGGUACAGAAUCUAUGAACUAGGUUCAUUGCCACCGUUUCUAUUGGUUUUCGCCGGAAAUGUAAAGCAAGUGGAGCAUAGAUGGAACCAACAUGGGCUUGGUGGUGAUAAUCUUGAAGGGCAAUGUAGGGAUUUACAUCCAGGGCCAGUAAGCUUGUUACAUUGGAGUGGAAAAGGGAAGCCAUGGCUAAGAUUAGACUCAAAGAAGCCAUGUCCAUUGGAUAGUUUAUGGGCACCAUACGAUUUGUUCCGACAUCAAUCGUUGUUUUCGGAUAGCUGAGGGGAGUCGAACUCGAGAUAUUUGAUUAAACACUUCUUUGUUAGACAUGAUGAAUCGAACUGGAGAUCUUUGAUUACGACGUUUGAUGGUAGUGUGAAUAAUUGUUAAGAGUGAGCUGGUGAUAGUGAAACUGAGUUUGUAAAAAGACGAAAGAGGACAUAAGUGUGUAGGAUAGGGUGGUGUAGGAGGAAGGGUAGUUUUGGGAUUUUGAGGAGAAAAAGUUCAUCUAUGUUAUUGGUGGGGUUAAAGAGAAUUUUAACCGUUGGAUUGAGGUGAUGGUGGAUUUACCAAAAGUGUGGGGUCAUGGGGGUGACGUGGAAAUUGGUGAUUGGUGGAUGGGAUUUUGAUAAUAGAUUUUUGGAAGGAAGUAGUUGGAUUAUGGGAAGAUUCUUUGUGUUGCUUUCAUAGAUUUUUAUUUUUGUUGUUUGGAUGAUUUUAUAUGCACUUUUGUGUCCUACUUAAAUUAUUUGCCUUCUUUUUUUCCUUUGGGAUGUCAUUCAUAAAUCAUUAAAAAAAAAAAUGUUGUUUGAUA